AAGACACAUAUUUGGUCAAUAUGAAACUGCUGGUUGCUUUGGCUUUGGUGGGUCUCGUGGGCUCGGCGCUAGCCGAGGAGUUUGUGGCGCCCAUCGAGGUGGACUACCACAACAAGAUCGGUAUCCCCGAGGCUGCCCGCAUCAAGGCCGCUGAGGACGCCCUUGACUUCGAUGGAGGCAGGAUCGUGGGAGGCGCUGCUGCCGCGCUCGGACAAUACCCUUACCUUGGGGGUCUGGUUAUCACCCUGACCACCGGCGCAACCUCUGUUUGCGGCUCCUCUCUCAUUUCCAACACCCGCGCCGUCACCGCCGCCCAUUGCUGGCAGUCCAGCGGCGGUUCGGCCCGCUCCUUCACCGUGGUCCUUGGAUCCACCCUGCUCUUCUCCGGCGGCACCAGAGUCACCACCAGCGAUGUCUCGAUGCACGCCAGCUAUAAUAUGUGGACCCUCGUUAACGAUGUUGCUAUCAUCCGUUUCGGCUGGGUUAACUACAGCAACACCAUCCGCAAUAUCCCUCUCGCGUCCGGAACUAACCAAUUCGUCGGCACCUGGGCCUGGGCUGCUGGCUUCGGCAGAACCAGCGACACCGCCGCCAUCGGCAACAACCAGUUCCUGUCCCACGUGCAGGUACAGGUCAUCAACAACGCCGUGUGCCAGCAGACCUACGGCACCGCCACCGUCCAGGCCUCCACCAUCUGUGUGGCCACCACCGGCGGCCGCGGUACCUGCGGCGGCGACUCUGGCGGUCCUCUGGUCGCCAACAACCAGCUGAUCGGUAUCACCUCGUUCGGACACGUCAGCGGCUGCCAGCGAAACUUCCCCGCCGGCUUCGCCCGUGUCUCGGUCUUCAACGCCUGGAUCUCGUCUCAACUUUAAACGAAUGUCUUUGUAACCGAACUAUCAUAAAUAAAGUACUUAAU